AUGUAUAGUUCCAUGCUGCUCCGCUCGUCUACACGUGUAGCGUCCAAGCCGUCCGACAAGGGCACUGCCGAUUCUCUAGAGUCCGAUUUGGAAUACGGGAAGGAGUUGGAUCAGGAGAUGGAGGUGGAGGUGGAGUCGGAAUACGCCAAUAAUGAGAACGAGGAAGAAGAAGAGGAAGAGGAUGGAGAAGAGGAGGAGAACGAAAAUGGAACAGAUAGUCGAGUCCAUACGGAUGCUGACCCUGAUCAAGAUGCUGAUCCUGAUAAUGAUCGGUCGAUGGAUAUAGAGAGUGAGAAUGAGAGAAAGAGAAGACAGACUGCUUGUAAGAGGUGCCACUCGCACAAGGUCAAGUGUGAUCCUGUUGAUCCAACGGUUGAGUUUGGUCCAUGUAAGAGGUGUGUGAAGAAAAACGUGCCUUGUGAGUACAACAAGGUACUCAAAAGAAGUCGCAAGAAUGUUCCAUUGACGAAAACUGCAAAGUUGAAAUUAAAGAAUAGGGAGAUUGAGAUGCUUAAACUGAAAUUGUCGGAGAAGGACAAGCUUAUCAGAAGUUUGAGGGGGUUUACAGAUAGUGAGAAAACCGAAUUUCUGUCCAUUAUUCCAAAGGAGGAGAAAUUGAAGAUUUAUUUGAAUGAAAUCGACAUUUUAGGAAAUCUUGCUCCUAAUCAAGGCCAAGAUCCAAGUAUAACUGAAAGUUUCAUCAAUGCUUCCGAGAGUAGGGUCCAUCUCGCAGAAGCAUCUAAACCAAACCUCGAUUUUAUCUCUUCAGGAAUCCUCACAAUUGAUCAGGCAGAAUAUUUGCUGGAUAUUUUCAAAUCUAAAUUCUAUCCAAAAUUCCCCUUUAUUGAACUACCAGAAAAUCUGGACGUUAAUUAUCUUAGGAUAAAUGAACCAUUGUUACUAAUCAUCUUGGUUUAUAUACCUAUAUCCAUUGAAGAUAACAAUUCGACCAUCUCUUUAGAAUCGCAAAUUCAACUUGAAAAUAUAAUUUCACAAACAAUUGCAGCUGAAACUCUCUCCAUUGGUAAUAAAAACUUUCAAUUGCUAAAAAAUAUCCUAUUGUAUGUUCUAUGGUACACUCCCCCAGAGCUUUUCCAUAACCGGAGGUACCACAUGUUUUCGGCUUUGUGCGUCUCCAUGGCAAACGACUUGGGUAUUAAUGGUAAGCCCUAUUACUUUUAUAAUAAAGAUGAUGGAUCCGUGAAAAAGGCAUUGUUUUCAAAUAACUUUAAAAGACUGGAAUUGAAUGCCCUAAUGUUGGCUGUUUACGUGAACUAUAUGUCAAUCUCUUUGUUUUUAAAGAGAUUUGUCUAUUUACAAUGGUCAGGUUUUAUGGAACAAUCCUGUAAUUCUCUUGAGGAAAGUGAUUUUAGGGGCUACAAAAGGUUAUCUAUAUUUGCGCAGUCAAACCAUUUGAUGGAAAUUAUCCAUUCGCACUUCCAUUUAUACUCUGACCAAAUUACCGUCCUACAAUUAUCAAAUAAACAGACAAAAUUACAAUACGCCGAAUUUAGGGAGAGGAUCAAUCUAUUGAAACAAAAGAUUCACUCUUUUGAAGAUGAAGAUUCCUCUCACUAUAAUUUGCUUGUAUCUUAUGUGUAUUCAGUGGAAGCGUAUCUUUAUGAACCGUCAUUGCAAACUUUCAUAAAAUCGUCAGAAUCCCUGUUGACCGAGUAUAAAGAUAUCUUCUUCUCGGUCUUGAAUCUAAUUUGCCAAUCUUGUGUUUUAUCAUUGAAACAUUUUUGUCAAUUAACAAUAGAAGAAAUGGCAAUAAACCCAUUAUUUCAUACCUCGAGAAUUGUCUAUACGUCAGGUAUGUUACUACGAAUCAGAUACCUAAGUUUGACAUUACCUAAAACUUUGAAGGCGUCGAUAUUAACGGAUGAAUGCUAUGAGACAAUCAAAACAUUACUUGACAAAAUAACACAAUGUACCAUGAACUACCCUAAAAAUCAUUUCAUCAAAAAAAUAAGGAUCGUUUUGGGCAUGUUUAUUCACACGUGUUUGAAUCAAUGGCAUUCCUCAUAUAAGUUUCUUUGCAAUGAAAUCAAAAGGAAAAAUCCAAACUUUGUCGAUCCAGUAAAUCUGGAAAGAAAAUCAAUGACAGAUUCAGCUGAUCAACUCGGAAACAAGCACACAAACAAUAACUCUCUGCACUAUGUUGAGAACGGUAAUUCAUUGCCAACAGGCACACCACCCAAUUAUAACCCCAACUAUACUUCGGAUUUACAUACUAAACUACUGAAUCCAGUCGAAUCAAAUUCUCAGUUCAGAAACUCUAAACUGGGGAAAACAUUACCUGUCCCUUAUAGGUCAGAUACGUCCCUCACAAUGCCACCGAUAUUGCCAGUACCUCUGAAUCAUCCAAAUACAUUCAGUACAAACUCAUCAAUGCCCUUUAGCUCAAGAUCAUCUAUCAUCAAUCAUGAUAUCGACACAAACUUCACUCACCAACAAUUGGGAAAUGCAAAUAAUAACGAAAAUGCUAAUGACAAUAUCAAUGAUAACAAUAGAGAAGAUAAUAAUAAUGGAAAUCAUGGUGAAUCUACAUUCCCAGGCUCUUUAAACGAAAUGGAACUACAGUACAUGGCAUUUAACGACGAAUUCUGGAGUGAUUUAUUUUUCGGUGAUGGCACUAACCUCCCCGACCCUAUAAUGGAUGAUGCAGGUUACACUUUCGGUGUGAAUCAUCCCCAAUAA